CUGGGUCGAACGGAAAUAUUACCGUACGCACUCGGAAUCAGAAGUUGAACUUGAAGCUGCAUGGCGUCGCCUUGCCAAGGAAGCUGAGCAUGGGAGGAGCUGGCAAGAAAGACGGAAGGAGCUGUCAGAUGACACUAUUAAACAGACUAGGUAGGAGCAGUUGCUGGCAGCAGGAGAGCGCUUCUUCGUCCUCAGAAGGUACUCGCACCUCAUAGAGACCACUCAGGCGCCAGCACUAGGAGAAAGGCUGUCUGAUGCUUGCAAAGCAGCAGGCCUGUGGUGGCCAGGAUUCGAGCGGAGACUUGCUCGUUGGCCCCGUCGAGCAGCGGGCUUGCGGAGACGCACUUCUUUGGGGUGGAUGCAUCAUGGCCGCCAGUGAUGAGCGGGUCGGCAGGUUGCGAGGGGGGGCGCCCGAGGCCAACUCUAGUGGGCAAGACGACCCCCCUGACAAGGAGUCCCUCUCCCAGAAUGCAGAGGGCGGGGGAGAGAAGGAGGGGAGUGGAGGCGCUGAAUCGGCGGACCCCAUGGAGCAGGAUGCUAACGAGAGAGGGGAGGAAGAAGCAAAGGGGGAAGGGGCGAAGGGUGAGGAGGCGCCUGGGGAUGCAAAGGACAAGGCGGAGGUGCAGAAAAAGUGGAACGUGGAGUGUAAUGGGAUGCAAGCAGAAAUGCUGUUGGUGCACAACCGGUGCGUUUUCCGGUGCCACUGCGCAACAUGCGGCGCGCUGCCACCUGGCGAGCGGCCCGAGAUGAGCCCCAACGAGUUUGAGCUGCACGCGGGCAGCCGCAGCAAGAAGUGGCGCACGAGCAUCCGCGCAAUCAUGCCCGAGGCGCAGGGCGGGGCGCGCAUCCCGCUGGGGAAGAUAUUGGAGGACAACGGCCUCGGGCGCCGGCAGAGCAACUUUGAGGAGGGCGCGCUUGGCAAGGGGGACACGCUUACUGGCGAUCAGGCUCGCUCAGGCAGCAAAGUGCGUGCAAAGCAAAAGAGGACUCCGCCCCCCCCUGGUCGGCCGCCCCCCGACGAGCCCCCCAGCGUGCGCCCCAUGACCUCCUUCCCUGACCCGUACCGGCCGCCUGCAAACCCGUCUCCAGAACCCCCCCGCCUGUUUGGCAGGACCAUCUUUGACCAAUCCACCCCCAAUGGGGGGGCGGUAGCGCGGCCACUAGACCCCCCGCGCAACCCCCCCGGAGAUGUUGGGCGUACCGUGAGCAGCGGGCGGGUUGCGGUGGAUGUAGAACUGGUAAACCUAGGGCGUCUGGUUUCGCGGGCGGGUUGGUGGGAUGAGCGGAGCAUCUAUCCGGGGGGUUACCGCAGCGCCGUCAGCUUUUACAGCACGCGCGAUGUGACGCGAAAGUGCCUCUUCUUCCAGGAGAUUAUGGAGCACUGGGACGCAACUGUGCAGCCCCUCCCCGUUUUCAAGGUCAUUGCGGAGGACCGCCCGCAGACGCCGUUCGUGGGCGCCAGCCCCGACGAGUGCUGGGCGGAGAUCCAGGCGCUCGUAAACAACGGCCUCCGCCAGUUACGCCAGGACCACGUCUUCCCGGCGGCAGUCCACAAAGCGCUCCCCCUUGCGGUCGCCGAUGUCUCGGGUGUCGACAUGUUUGGCCUGACAGACCCGGCCAUCAUUCGCCUGGUGGAGGCGCUAGACCCCCAUCACACGUGCCGCGAGUAUUGGCUCCGCCGGCAGGGGUUGAACGAGGUCACCAGCCGGCCCGGGGGGGAUGCGGGGGCGGCUGUGGGGCUCGGUAGAGACGAGCGGCUAUUGCGGAGCUUGUUUGACAAGGGGAGCAUGGAGGAGCUCCAGGCGCUGGCGCGGGUGUUUACCACGCUGGGGGGGACGGGGGGCUUGGAGCGUGUCUACCGGGCCGCGCUAGACGUCCUAGAACGACGGAUAAGCUAGACAGGCGCGCUGUACACUUGCUCAGUGAGACAGGAGGAGUGGGCCCCGUGGGCACUGGCUCCAAGGCGUUCAGAAGAUAGGGACGAAAGCACCCGCUCCUUGGUGUGCUAGGUGGCUUUGUCGGGUUAGCUCGCGCUUUCGUCUAGACCCAAUGCUUAAGUAGUGGUUGGGGAUGUGGGGAGCCUCAGUUUCUGCUCCCAGUCUCCUAUUGCUCGCCGCGGCGCAACGGCACCAAACCCCCACCCACGUUUGUGAGUCCGGUUGACAAAACGCGAGGAGGACUACCGGUGCCCAUUUCUCCACCUUUGAAGAAGGCAGCUCAAAAGAAGCGAAGAGAUCAGGUAUAGGUCAUAGAAUGAGGCGUUAUUCUGCAUUGGGGGUUGCUUUGAUUACUCCUAGGCGCAAACCCUUGCAUACUGUGUUUAGCCUGUAGACACACGCUCGAGUGCAUACUUUCAAGACUAUGUCCAGCUUACUUCAGCGGUUAAGGCAUGUUCCUUCCACAGGAUCUUCCCGGUUUGUUUUACGACUGGCAGUGCGCGACUGGAGUGGAUGCAUGCUAACGAGGUUUACCAAGAUUUUGUUCGUGGGUCGACCAUGUAGACAUCGGUCCGAAGUUUAGCGUUUGCACAAAACUCAAUGUUAAGUGCGUUAUAAGCUGCUUAAUAAGAGCUAAGGUUGCGUGUUGUCGAAUCAGCCGGAAACACGCCUAUGUAAAUCGAG